AUGUUUGAUCCACAUUUAACAAAUAGUAGUUUAAAUCAAUUUGAUCCAAACGCGUAUAAUCCUUAUACAACCAAUUCUUAUUCUUCGUCACGUGAUCUCCAAUAUUUAAGAAAUCGUCCUGGUGACAUAUCAUUCAGUGAUAAUAAUUCAGCGUUACUACGAUCAUCGGGAACAGAUGAUUUACUUCUUCGCCGUGCUGGUGUCACUGGUGGUAGUUCAGUCACAGAUUUUUGUACGUCAUCGUCGUAUAAUCAUGCACUAUUACCAAAUGGUGGAAAUUUUUCACCACAAGAUUCCAUGAACACCUAUUUUUCCGACGCACAACGUUAUAAUUCAUCAGCUGUAGAUGCAACAACCUAUGAACAGUACAUACAAUAUCCAUAUGCUUAUCCAACAUCUCGUGGAUUCUUACCAUAUUUUCCAUACGGUAGACAUCAAUCAAAACAAGAAUAUACAUUAACUCAUUUAACAGUAGAACAUGUUGGUGGGCCAGAGCAAACAACGCAUACAUGUUCAUGGGAAGGAUGUGUACGUGAAGGUAGACCAUUUAAAGCAAAAUAUAAAUUGGUCAAUCAUAUUCGAGUACAUACCGGAGAAAAACCAUUUCCAUGCCCAUUUACUAAUUGUGGAAAAGUAUUUGCAAGAUCAGAAAAUUUAAAAAUUCAUAAACGAACACAUACUGGAGAAAAACCAUUUAAAUGUCAAAAUUGUGAACGGUCAUUUGCUAAUUCCAGUGAUCGAAAAAAACAUAUGCACGUACAUACGUCCGAUAAACCGUAUAAUUGUAAAGUUAAAGGGUGUGACAAAACGUAUACUCAUCCAUCAUCUCUUCGAAAGCAUAUGAAACAGCAUGAAGCAAUGGACAACAAUCCCACGACAACCAGUAGUGUCAUACAAAGACGUUCAAAUGAAUCCUGUUCGAAUCAUCAGAGGCGACCAAGUCCAUUACCAGAUGCUGGAUUUAGAGGAGCAAGAUCUCACCAUAACGGAUCCAACGUGACAACAUCAUCUUCGACAACAACAGAUUCAUCUAAUUCCCCACCAUCGUUCGAAAAUGUUUCCCCACAUAAAGAACAACAUCACCAACCCGUUCCAUUACCAUCUGAUUGGUCUCUUAGUAGUCUGUUACCUUCCUCUUAUUAUCAUCAUCACUAUCAUCAACCAGCAAACAUUUUGUUACAACAACAUCAUCAACACCGACUACUGCAGC